AUCCACCUUUCAUAAUAAAACUCUCUUCUCACCUACUACUAAAUUCCUUCCUAGAUAUCCCUUUCCUCCUCAAUUCAUUCUCUAUUCUUCCUUCCUUACCUACCUACCUACACAAUCAUCAAUCCAUACGUCUACAUUCUAUGAACCCAUGCGCCCGCCUGCGUCAUAAAUUCCACAGGAACAACCGCAUGUGACAACAUCACGUCCACUGCUUCUCCAGUAUUCCCGUCCCACACCGACUGCACACAAUUGCUUUGGUACAAAACUCCCUGUGUCCUCUCCUGUAAUCGGCUGCUGCCUCCUCAACUUGCGCGUUCCGGCUCAUCUCCCAUCUCCCGUCGCCAAUCUUCCUCGAUCCUCCCUCUCGUCUCAACAUGCCCGCCCUACUGCACAUCCCUACGCCCGACGCUCGUAGUCUGCUCCCCUCUCUACUUGCCUGCCUUUCCACAGCAACUGCCUCGAAACAGCCUCCUCCUGCAUUGCUGCCAUUGCUCUCUCCAAUCCUUCGACAGCGCCUUACACUUCUUGCAUCCGACAACUGGCUUGCGCUCCUCUCUUGGGAUACCCAAGUCGCGUCAAGGCUUCCCCAGACAAUCAGCAAUAUCCAUGUCGAACCGCACCCGGCCUCGGGUGAGAUCGAAGUAGAAGAACCAGAUCAGAUCCUAUACCGACGCUCAGACCCCGAAACACUACACUCUCGACUGGUCCUGGGCGAGUUUGAUCUCAUAGCAACAUAUCUGUGGUGCACUGGAGGGGAGGAGGGCGAUGGCUGGAGACUCGCAGAAUUGCGCAGCGUACAAGACUCAAAUGACGGCACACAAUGGUUCCCAAGCAUCGACCAAGCGAAUGAGGCAGGCUUCCAGAAGACUUCAUCGAGGCCAAGCGGAGGAGCUCACCAAACGCCUGCAACAACUGUCACAGCACCUGAGACCACAGCACAAAACGAGGAUGAUGGUGACGACGACGACGCCUACUGGGCCGCUUACGACCGCACACCAGGCCGAACACCACAACAGAAACGCUCUCCAGCUCCAGCAACCAAUUCUCGCGUGCAAAUAGGUCCCACUCAGGACGAACUCGAGUACUUUGCCCGGUAUGCACAAGAGGUUCAGCCUGCACUUGACGCUCAUGAUCCUGACGAAGAGGGUGCCGCUGAGGUCGAAUCUACAUUACAUGGAACCUCGCUACAACUUCCCCGCGAACCCCAAACGGAGCCUCUUGCAACAAAUCUAGGCCCCUUCGGAUAUGAUUCUUCACUUCCUCCAGCCUUUACGCACCCUACCGGCCCCGAUGGGCCCCUCAACGGAGCCGCACAUGAGGCCAAGGCGGAGCAUAUAGAAAAUGUAGAGGAUGAUCGGUAUGCUGCUUUGAACCACCCUCGUCCUUCAUCGUCCGCAUCAUCAAACUCGAUCGAAAGACUCGAGCGAGAAGCCGAGAGCCAUAGUCAGGCCGAGUUGGCCAUCAAACAGCACAUCAGCACCGAUCUUAAGAGCUUAUUCCGUUUAGCAAGGACAGCAGGUAUUGAUCGGGAAGAGUUCGAGAGGAUCAUCAGGAGGGAAUUGGAGGUCUUGCCCUUAUUAGAGCGAGACCAUUAGAGCGUGUAGCAGAGAAUUGGAGAACAGGACGGUUUUCUUGCCAUGUCAAAUGUAUUUGGUUUAAAAAACGCCAAUUGACAAAACUCGGUUGGCAUGGCGCAGGCUUCUUUUGGUUACAGCAUUUGGCAUAUUUCACAUUACCUUGUUGGCAUUUUCCUGGGUCACGCGGGCAAAGUCAUUACUUUGUAGUAGCUAGGGGUAUCAAUUCGUCACCCAAACCAUUGUAUCUUUACGACAUAUAUAGAGGUACAAUCGAAUUCAAUCAAGUAUGCAGCCACUUGGUGC